AUGCCCCCUAAGCCCCAACAUGAAGCUAGACCUUGUUGGAAAAGCUCUAAUGAAAUAGCUUGUUGUUAUAUUAUUGCAAGUGCCAGUAGCACUUUGCAAAAUCAACAAGAAAGCAAUAGAAUUGUUAAAGAGAUCAUGGGCAAUCUGGAGGAUAUGUUCGAAGGUGAAGUUAUCUUGGCUCGAGAAUCUUUGAUAACCAAUUUAAUAAACUUUAAGCAAAAGCUUGAUACUCCAGUCAAAGAACAUAUGCUUACUCUUCUAGGAUUCUUUAUGGAAGUGAAGGACAAAGGGACUAAACUGGACCAUAACACCCGUAUCGAGAUGGAGUUAAAACCUUGUCUAAAAGACUUUGCAGGCUUUAAAGUUGCAUAUAACUUAGGAACCUGA